AUGAAGCUGUCGAUUGUGCACUUUGCGACAGUGAUCGCCGGCAUUCCCGGAAAGUCCGUGCUUGAAAACGAUUGCGUGAAUACCAUGUUUCCCAAAGAAAACUUUCGACUAAAAUUGGUUGUGGAGGAUUCUAAAUAUGUCCUUGUGGCGUCCGUGGGACGGACAUUUCCAGUCAACGCUUUUGACCUGAUAUUGACUUCUGAAACGAUUUAUAAUCCGGAGGACUAUGAGGCUCUGCACGAUGCUUUCGUACUAUGCACUUUCAUCAAGCGAUGGGUUGCUGCAAAAGUUUUCUAUUUCGGUGUUGGUGGUGAUAUUCCAACAUUCACAGAUUUUGUGGAGAAGAAGGGUGUGUUCAAGAUUGAAACAAAGCAAUCCAUUAGUGCAGAUAUCCCAAGAGUUAUUUUAGAGUUGAGAAGAUAG